AUGGUGCGUCUGCUCUGUUCCGUGUUUUUUAUUUAAAUAUGUUUAGGCUGGAGGAAAAGCUGGCAAGGAUUCAGGAAAAGCGAAAGCUAAGGCCAUCUCACGUUCCCAUCGUGCCGGACUUCAGGUAAUUACAAGAAAAAUGCGCAUUGUUUUGUUCCUGACACGACCUAUAGUUUUUUGGGUACGUCUAACUAACCUUUGCGCCUGUCUUAGAAUCUAGAACCGUUUCCGGCCCGUCGAAAUUGUGCCAGAAGUAGCUGUUUUAUUUACGUAUUUUACUGUUGGUUGUUUUAUUUUGAUGUCUUCUCCGUAUUCCUUAGGAAAACGAAACAAAGUCCACGUAGGGUUUACCGCUAUAGUAUGCGCCUACUCCACAGUUCUGCCAUCUAGCUGUUGACGUUCAGCUUCCUCUUGUGUUUGGCCCUGCUAUGCAUGGUACUUUACUGUUGAAAGCUUCUUUGAAGUCCAUUCAGAUACCCGCUCGGAUUCCCGACCGGGCUUCGCUAAUGGACAACACCAACGGCUGGUGAUCUUAACGCCACCUGCCAACAGUCUGACCCAAAUACCUUACGUUUAACCCAUACAUGACCGCUUUAAUUUUCAGGAAUGUUUAGAUGUGUACUAAGCCGUUCUGGUAUGACAAACGGAGCCUGGACUCACGCGAUAGUGGCUAACUGAGAGUCAUUUUCGUAAUAAACUUGAUUGUUUUAAAGUUAUAGCUGUCACUAAAGGUGCACUAUUGCAUGCCGUGAAUAUCCGUAAUACUACUUACCACCUGUCGUGACCCCGCCAGUAGAAAGCGGUGAGAACACUCAAGGUUUGAGACUUCGCACCCCUCAGUUUCCACCUUAAUUCAAUGCUAUUUGCACGUUUAAUGAUCGCAUUAUAGGAAAACACAGCAGUCUUCACCCGACAACUUGCCUUGUGAUUGUAAUCACUUGUCCUACGCAAUCCCAAGAUAGACACUGAUUAGUGUCAUUUUGACCAGACAAGAUCAAAAGGACUGGGAAGAAAGACUUAGUGUAGAGUCCUAGGCUUGUUACCGCCUAUGAGGAAUUGGCAUGCCUAGCAGUGUCUUCAUAUGGAAGACGUCUUCUUCAUCUCAGGUGAGAGAUAGAGUCCGUGGAGUGAAAGUGCGCUCCUGUGGUACUUGCUAACUGGCAGCGUGAAUUUGCCUUCUCAACAAUAUUUCCAAAAUCUCAUCCAGUAAUUUGUCUCGAUAAUUUGCUUGAUAUAACGUCCGAUUUGAGCUGCGCACAUUCCUCUCCGAACUAAUCACCGUCGUAGUUGUUAAGGAAGGCUAACCGCUGUAUAAUUUUACGAAUUCCUUUUCAGUUCCCUGUUGGUCGUAUCCACCGUCAUCUGAAGACCCGCACAACAAGUCACGGUCGCGUCGGUGCGACAGCCGCCGUAUACUCAGCUGCUAUUCUGGAAUACCUUACUGCUGAGGUAUUGGAACUCGCGGGAAAUGCUAGCAAGGACUUAAAAGUGAAGCGUAUAACUCCUCGUCACUUGCAGUUGGCCAUUCGAGGGGACGAAGAAUUGGAUACGCUUAUCAAGGCAACCAUUGCCGGUGGUGGUGUCAUUCCUCACAUCCACAAGUCCCUUAUCGGAAAGAAACUACCCCCUCCAAAGCCGCUUGGUGUCUAG